AUGUUCAGAAGGCAGAAGACCCUUGCUUCAGAAAGCAAGAACGAGUUUUUUCCCCAAGGAGCUGCGCGGUCCACACCGAAGAAUGACAUGAGAAAUCUUCUGCUUUCAGCAGGCCCUCUCAAACCAACCCCAGCAGUGAAACAUUCAAAGACAACUUACUUUGAGAUUGAAAUACUUGAUGCUCAAACAAGAAAGCAGAUAUGUAUUGUGGACAAGGUGACGCAAACAUCUACUAUUCAUGAUGUUAAACAAAAAUUUCACAAAACAAAUCCUAAGUGGUACCCUUCCCGAAUUGGUCUGCAGCUAGAAUGUGGUGGGCCUUUUUUGAAGGACUACAUAACCAUUCAAAGUGUUGCAGCAUCCUCCAUCAUCACACUCUAUUUUACAGACCUAGGUCAGCAGGUCCGUUGGACAACAAUAUUUUUGGCUGAAUACACAGGACCUCUGUUAAUAUAUCUCCUCUUUUAUUUGAGGAUCCCAUAUAUAUAUGACAAAGAAGAGAGCUCCAGAAGGCCACGCCACCCAGUGGUACACUUGGCCUGUUUCUGUCAUUGUAUACACUAUAUCCGAUAUCUUUUGGAAACCUUAUUUGUUCACAAAGUUUCUGCAGGGCAUACACCUUUGAAAAACUUGAUAAAGGGCUGUGCCUUUUAUUGGGGUUUCACUUCUUGGAUUGCCUACUACAUUAAUCAUCCAUGGUAUACACCACCAUCAUUUGGGAACAGGCAAGUCACAGUAUCUGCAAUCAAUUUUCUGAUUUGUGAAGCUGGAAAUCAUUUCAUCAAUGUAGUAUUGGCUCAUCCCAAUCACACAGGAACUAAUGCCUGUUUUCCAAGUCCAAAUUAUAACCCCUUCACAUGGAUGUUUUUCCUGGUUUCAUGUCCUAACUAUACCUAUGAGAUUGGAUCAUGGAUUAGCUUCACAGUAAUGACACAGACACUACCUGUUGGAAUUUUUACACUUCUGAUGAGUAUCCAGAUGUCUUUGUGGGCACAAAAGAAGCACAAGACGUAUCUGAAGAAAUUCAGUUCUUAUAUGCAUAGAAAAUCAGCAAUGAUUCCAUUCAUAUUGUAA